GAUUAAUGUAGGAAUUUGGAGUGGCAUUAUGGGUUCUCUGUGUAGUUGCUUUCGUGUUCGUGAAGUUGAAGAGAAUGUUGAAUCCGACAAUGGGAAUUGCAUCUGGUCCAGUUGCUUCUCUCAUUACUUUAAAACCAAGUAUGGAGCGUUAUUUGGCCGAGUGGAAGAACAUGCCGCUCCAUCACAUUUACCAAAUAGUCCGAAUAUAAACCCAAGAAUUAGCAGUAUGCCCGGUUCUAGCGAUGGAGCGACAUCAAAAGAGUCAGAGUCCUCUAAAAAAAUUCCCAGGAAAGUUCUAAUGGCAGGGAAAGUACGUGUCAAUUCUCAACCAGAAGAGGAAGAUGACUGCCCUAUCUGUCUUGAAGAGUUUAUACCGGAUAAUCCCAAGAUAACUACAGAGUGUCAUCACGAUUAUCACCUCCAAUGCAUCUUCGAGUGGCAGAAGAGAAGCGAGAAAUGCCCAAUUUGUGUGCAGGUGAUGGUAUGUGAAGGAUUGACGUGAUCUUCUUGGCUACAAAAGACCGAAAAAGAUGGAAAGAUUACGAGGAAAAAAGGAAACAAAUCCAGCAAGCUGUGAAUGGUCUAUAUCCUGAAAGCGUUCAUCGCGAAAGCUUCUAAUUUACCGUAGCUAGCUAAUUUUUUGACGGGUGAGGAUAAAUUUUUGCUCUUCUGUUGAUGACAUUCUCUAUAGCUUACGGCAUAUAUAUGGUUGGGCUCAGAAGAACUCAUUACAGAGAAUCAGGCAUGCUUUUGCUUGGUCAAUAGAUUUCAAUUAUGCUUUUUCUCUUUUUGUUGGUUGGUUUCUUGAAUUUUUCGGAUUGGUUUGAUUUAGUUGCAAUCUUAUCACCCGAAGGCCGGUAGGAAAAUGAAGGGGAAGUUGGGUUUUGUAAGCAUUUGAUAAUCAUAUAUCGAAACGCAGCAAUAAUAAAUCU